GGUCUAGAAACCGAUGCAACUGAACAACGUACCCCGAAAGAGCUUCCCUUUAAACUUUGCUAACCCUCCCGAUCUUCCGAAAGCCUCUUCCCAAUCCUCUCUUCCGUCAUCAGCUUCAUUCCUCUUUAACCACGUCGUCGAGUCUCUUGACCUUUACAAUUUUCUUCUCCCGGUCCAGACUCUCGCGUUUCAACCAUGGGCAAGUCGCAAUCAAAGCUUUCCCAGAGUGAGCUCAAUGAGCUCCAGCGAGCGACGCAUUUCGAUAAGAAAGAGCUGCAGCAAUGGUACAAAGGAUUUUUAAAGGACUGCCCCUCGGGCAAUCUCUCAAAGGAGGAUUUUCAAAAGAUUUAUCGCCAAUUUUUUCCCUUUGGCGAUCCGUCGUCGUUUGCCGAUUACGUCUUCAAUGUCUUUGAUGCGGAUAAGAGCGGCUACAUAGAUUUUGAAGAGUUUAUCCGCGCGCUCUCGGUCACAUCGCGUGGUCAGAUGGCGGACAAGCUCGACUGGGCAUUCAAAUUGUAUGACAUUGAUGGCGAUGGCGAGAUUAGCUAUCAUGAAAUGCUUGCCAUUGUUGAAGCAAUUUACAAGAUGGUCGGAUCCAUGGUAAAGCUACCCGAGGACGAAGACACUCCGGAGAAGCGUGUCAAGAAGAUUUUCCGCAUGAUGGACAAGGAUGAGAACGGUAGUUUGAGCAAAGAAGAGUUCAAGGAAGGCAGCCAACGCGACGAGACAAUCGUGUCCGCCCUUUCGCUAUACGACGGACUGGUGUGAUGGCGCAUCCUCGAAAAUGUCUCCUCUCUCCAUCUCUUCGACGUUUUACGACUUCAUUUCGAUGUUCUUGUCGUCUUCUUUUUCUUCUUCGCCAAAACUUUGACUCUGGGCAUUUCUGGGUUUGUUCCUCCUAUGAUAU